UAGCUUACGUCACAGGCUGGGGAUACAGAAACUUGCCCUGCGCUGAGACGUCACCAUUAGAAAAACUGCUACCGGGAACAUAGCCUACACUCUCUCUCUCAUAUACACACACACACAGAGACACACACACACACAGACACACAUACAGCUGCUCCCCAUAUCACGCACCAGCAGAAGAACCAGCGGGAUGUCGAAUUGAAGCUCUUUUCCGCGCUCAGCGCUAGAGAUCCCGCCACUCUAUUUGGAAGUGUUCACCAUGCAUGCAUAAAGCGAGGAUGAAGCGCAAAAGCGAGAGGAGGCGGCUCGAGUCAAGGAAAAAACGCUGUGCAGCUAAGAGCUUAGAGGCGGAGCCAAAGUCCGACAUUUACAUAACUAUAACAGUUGGCUAAAGUCGCUAUCAAAAUGACUGAGGACUAUAUUACAAGUAAAAGCAUUGAAUUAAUAAAAGGUCAACUCUAUUUUGCCAUCCUGCCCCAGAAGACCAGAAGUACUUGCGAAAGACACUGCUUCUGCAUAGACGAUGAGCUGUCCUACGAGAACUUCUACGCGGACUUUGGACCUCUCAACCUGGCCAUGUUUUAUCGCUUCUGUUGCAAGCUGACAAAGAAGCUGAAGUCCUUCUCCCUGGCCAAGAAGAAGAUCAUCUUCUACACCUGCGGAGACCAGAAGAAGCAAGCUAACGCGGCCUAUCUCAUCGGCUCGUACGCGGUGAUGCACCUGCAGAUGAGCCCAGAAGAGACCUACAGCCUGCUUGUGUCCAGGAACUCCACCUACCUUCCCUUCAGAGAUGCCUCUUUUGGCACCUGCCUGUACAACCUUAACAUCCUGGACUGUCUCCGAGCCAUUCACAAGGCGUUGCAGUUUGGCUGGCUGGACUUCUCCAAGUUUGACGUGGAGGAGUACGAGCACUACGAGAGAGCGGAGAAUGGAGACUUCAACUGGAUCAUCCCCGGGAAGUUCCUGGCCUUCAGUGGCCCUCACCCCAAAAGCAAGAUGGAGAAUGGCUACCCCCUCCAUGCUCCAGAGGCUUACUUCCCUUACUUCAGGAAACACAACGUCACAACUAUCGUCCGGCUCAACAAGAAGAUGUACGAAGCCAAGCGCUUCGCGGCCGCCGGGUUCCAGCACCACGACCUGUUCUUCGUGGACGGCAGCACGCCCACCGAUGCCAUCGUCCGCCGCUUCCUCAAUAUUUGCGAGAACGCAGAGGGAGUCAUCGCCGUCCACUGCAAAGCUGGUCUGGGCAGAACGGGGACUCUGAUUGGCUGCUACAUGAUGAAGCACUACCAUGUGAGUGCGGCCGAGGCGAUCGCCUGGAUACGGAUCUGCCGCCCCGGCUCCGUCAUCGGGCCACAGCAGAACUUUGUGGAGGAGCAGCAGAGCAGCCUGUGGGCGGAGGGAGACGUGUUCCAGGAGAAGGUGCUGGGCGAGCGAGAGAACGGCAGGACGGCGGUCACACGGAUCCUGUCGGGGGUUGAUGACAUCACCAUCACUGGGAGCAACAAGAACUGGUCGCCCCAGAGAGAGGAGGACUUGUACAACGAGGAGGACGAGAGGAACAGUCUCACGCAGGGGGACAAGCUGCGGGCGCUGAAGAGCAAGAGGCAGGCUAGGGUCUCCACAGGAUCCCUGUCACAAGAGGAGAACAAGGUUCACACCAGGUCAUCAUCACAGUCUCUAAGUGUUCCGUGUUCCAGGAUCAUCCUGCAGUCCAGUGGACAGAGCGUCAAGGUCAGCCCCUCCCACUCCUCUGACGACUCCGACACCAGGAAGAGAACACGCACCUCACUUCCUACAAACUGUGUCGGAGGCAGCCCCCUGUCCCACAGUAGACUAGCCAGGUCGCUAGGCAGCUUGCAUGUGGGGGCCUGCCAGAGGCAGCAGCCAUGUGACCCGCCCAGCCUGGCCCCCGCUGGAGCCCCCGCUGGAGCCCCGGGCCCCGUUAGCAUGACUCAGGCCCAGCAGCAGCAGAGCCUGCUGGGGCCUCAGAAGACGCACUGUGUCCAGAGGACGAAAGCCCCGCUACUGUCUGCAGUCAGUACGCUUUACCAGAUUAUGUCACUCCAUACCGACGGCUAGAGCUCCUUUACUACGCUGAGACAGGAAGUCCAGAUGACAGGAAGUCCAGAUGACAGGAAGUCCAGAUGACAGGAACUCCACUCAUAAAGAUUCUGCAUGUGGACAUUUUGUUUUUAAGAUUCUUUUUUGGUCUUUUUGAGAAAAGGGAUCAACUUUUUUGUGUGUACACUCGUAGUGAAAGGGAAGACUUAAAUGAUCAUGAUUCUCAUUUUGAACAGUUAAGAGGAUGAUGUGAUGUCAACGACUUAUGGCCAACUCCUUUUUAUAAAUGUGAAAUAUGCCAUGUGAAAUAAUCUGCCAUACUGUAUACUCAUUACCUGGUGGCUUACACAAUAGACAUGAUGCCAUAGUAGAUAUUAAUCCUUUACACAAAUCUUACUUGUUUGGCUGGUGAGAAUAUGAUUUUUACUUGCAAGAGUAAUUUAGAGAGAUAUUUAACUUUGUUAAGUUUCAUUUUUACUCAUGCUCAGUGAUUGUGCAAAGCCUUCUGGUCCCUGACAGCUGACAGAGGGAUGAUGUUUCUGCAACCGCACCGCCACCCUCUCCCUCAGUGUGUUCCACCCUCUCCCUCACUGUGUUCCACCCCUCACUCUGUUCCACCCUCUCCCUCAGUGUGUUCCACCCCUCACUCUGUUCCACCCUCUCCCUCACUGUGUUCCACCCUCUCCCUCAGUGUGUUCCACCCUCUCCCUCAGUGUGUUCCACCCUC